GCCAGCCAACGUCGGGCGGAAGUGACGGAGAUACCGGCCCUGGGUGGGCGGGCGGAAGAGAUUUCCGGCUCCGGUGGAGGCGGUGGGGAAGAAAGGCGGGGAGGGGGAGCGGCAGGGCCUCCCCCUCGCUGGUGAGGCCGCUGCGCGGUGGCCAUGGAGUUCCCUGGAGGCAAUGAGAACUACCUGGCCAUCACUGGGACGGCCCACCCCUUCUUGUCUGGGGCCGAGACCUUCCACACGCCAAGCCUGGGGGACGAAGAGUUCGAGAUCCCACCCAUCGCGCUGGACACCGACCCCUCCCUGGCUGUUUCUGAUGUGGUCGGCCACUUUGAGGACCUGGGAGACCCGGUGACCACCCCGGACGCCACUUUUUCGGCCCAGUAUGGGGUGCAGGCACUCGACAUCCCCGUGGGCAUUAGCCAUGGCCUCAUGGAGCAAGGGGGCGGGCUGCUGAGUGGCGGGCUGGCCAUGGACCUGGACCACCCCAUGGGGACUCAGUACAGCGCCAACCCGCCAGUCACCAUCGACGUCCCCAUGGCGGACAUCAGCUCCAGCCUCAUGGGGCACGGGCAGCUGACCACCAUCGACCAGUCGGAGCUCAGCUCGCAGCUGGGCCUCAGCCUGGGGGGCGGUGCCAUCCUGCCCCCCGCCGCCCAGUCGCCCGAGGAACGGCUCUCGCCCACCCCUUCGCCCGCCAGCUCCAUGCAUGAGGAGGAGUCCGAAGAGAUCCGGCGGCAGGUUUCCGUGGCCAAGCCGGCCGUGGCCCCUUCGGUGGUGGCGCCCGCCCCGGUGGCCCCGCCCACGGUGUUGCUGGACACGGGGAAGAAACCAAAGCCGGCCAAGAAGCAGAAGAAGAAGAAAGACCCCAAUGAGCCGCAGAAACCUGUCUCGGCCUACGCCCUCUUCUUCCGCGACACCCAGGCAGCCAUCAAAGGGCAGAACCCCAAAGCCACUUUCGGCGAGGUCUCCAAGAUCGUGGCCUCCAUGUGGGACAGCUUGGGGGAGGAGCAGAAGCAGGUUUACAAACGGAAAACAGAGGCAGCAAAGAAGGAAUACUUGAAAGCGCUGGCGGCUUAUCGUGACAACCAGGAGUCCCAGACAACCGUCGAGACGGUGGAGCUGGACCCCAUCUCUUCGCCCCCCGAGCAGCCGGUCCCCGCCGCAGAGUCCGCCUCGCCGCCCGCGCCCGUCCCGCCCACUCCGCCCGCGCUCGAGAGCCCCCCGCCCCCGCCGGCCAUAGUCACGACCCAGCCCACCGUGGUGGUGACCUCGGGGACGGGGCCCCAGGUGGCGGGCCAGGCCAGCAUCACCAAGAUCAUCAUCCCCAAGCAGAUGCUGCCCUCCUCGCUGGCGGUCACCUCGCAGGGUGGCGUGGUGACGGUCAUCCCGGCCACCAUGGUGACCUCACGGGGCAUCCAGCUGGGGCAGCUGCAGGCCGGCACGGGCACCACGCAGAUCGUCACCCGCUCGGUGCUGGCGGCCGCGGCGGCAGCGGCGACGUCCAUGCACCUGCCGCGGCUCCAGCCCCCACCCCUCCAGCAGAUGCCGCAGCAGCCGCCGGCCCAGCCGGUCACCAUCCUGCAGCAGCCCCCUCCCCUGCAAGCCAUGCAGCAGCCCCCCCUGCAGCAGAAGGUGCGCUUGAACCUCCAACAGCCGCCCCCUCCGCUCCAGAUCAAGAUCCUGCCCCCGCCGGCCCUGCAGAUCCAGCCCAUCGCCCUGCGGACAGAAGAGGGCAGCCCCGAGCGGCCCAGCGCAGAGCUCCACACGUCCCCGGAGUCAGUCGACGUGGUGCCGGAGGUGGAGUCUCCCACGCCAAUGCACGUGGAGCUUGUGUCCGAAUCACCAGUGGCCAUAUCCCCCCGGCCUCGCUGCAUCCGCGCCGGCUGCGACAACCCCCCCGUGGCCAGCAGCGACUGGGACAACGAAUACUGCAGCAACGAGUGUGUCGUGAAACACUGCAGGGAUGUAUUUUUAGCUUGGCUGGCCUCCCGCAAUUCCAGUAACAACGUUGUCUUUGUGAAAUAACCCCCAGCUUUUUGGUGCUUGGGGGUGGGCAGAGGAAAACAGCAAUCGUGUGUUCCCACACACACCUUUUCCAAGGACGACAAAACCACACAGGAAUCACCAUGCAACUGUGGGGGUCGGGUGGGGUGCAGUGAGGUUGUUGGCCAUCCAGAGACCGUCUACAAGAGAAGACGCCGUCCCUUCCGGGCAGGAGGAAAUGGUUUGGGUGCUGCAGACUUCUUUUUGUUCCUUCCUUUCUGGUUUUUUUUUCUAUACGCUGUCCCUUGAUAUGUGUCGCCUGAUGGAGCUGAUUAAAAGCUGGACGAGGGAUGUUG